CGCGGACCUCGCGUCGCGUCGGAGGACACCCACCCCCCCCCACACCUCCUCUCGGCAGCUUGCAGGCAGCCCAUCUGGAAAAUGUGGUGGUGACUCUCAAGAAAUUUUCCUCCUGCUUCUGAAGGAGAAGUGGGUCCUGAGCAGGAUGCAGCAGCCAGUGGCUGGUGACAGGAGCACAGCCGUUCCCUCACUGUAUCCAGCCCAGGCCAGACUCGCUGCCGACUUGUACUCCACACACCGCAUCAUUGAGGAUCCUGAGUGGUCCCUCACCACUGUCCCUCGCCUCACUGAGCUCUGCCUCCAGCAUAUCGUUCACAAUUUCGAGAAGAACCCUAUUGUGGACCGUCUACUGCCCGAGCACCAAAGGAAAGUGUUGGACAGGCUUUCCACUGGUCUUCCACUUGCUGUGACUGCCAACCUAAUAAGCGAUGAGGACUACUGGAGGAGGUGCUGCACUGAGCGCUGGCAAGUGUGUGACAUCUCCAACUAUGGAGACAGCUGGAAACGGAUGUUCUUUGAACGUCACCUGGAGAACAUCCUGAAAUGUUUCAUCCCUAACACCACAGACCCCAACCAGGUCCUAGAGCUCAUCCCAUUCUGCAAAGACUAUGUGCAAAAACUGGAGGUUGAUCAGUUUCUGCCACCACUGCAGAUGGAUCAAAAGGAGGAAAGGGAUGACCUCUCUGAUACAGGGAGUGAUUUUGAAUUCAACAAGGUCUCCAUACAUCACUAUGACCUGGGAGUCCUCAUUACAGCUCUCCCUCACCUUGAAGAGCUUCAUCUCACUUAUGGUGUGAAGGACUGCGGCAUGAACUUUGAGUGGAACCUCUUUAACUUCACCCACCAGGACUGCUACAAUCUGGCUGUCGCCGUGAAGAUGUGCCACAACUUGAAAGUUUUCAAGCUGACACGAAGCAAAGUGGAUGAUGACAAGACCAGGCUGCUGGUCCAUAAUUUGCUGGAUCACCCCUGCUUGGUAGAGCUGAACUUGUCCCACAAUCUCAUCAGGGACAAGGGAGCACAAGCUGUUGGCAAGUUGAUCAACCACAGCAGGUUAGAAACCCUCAAUCUGUGUAACAACCAGAUCAGUCACCUGGGGGCUCAGGCUCUUGCUCAAGCCCUGGCUGAGAAUUCCACCCUGACCUCCCUGAAUCUGCGCCUCAACCACGUGGAGGACAAAGGUGGGGAGGCAGUCGGCCAUGCCCUGCUGACCAACAGCACCCUGAAGUCCAUCCAUCUGGGAAGUAAUAGCCUGUCAGAGCCAACUGCUGCGCUUUUCUCCCAGGUCCUGGCUCAGAACACCACCCUGACAAGCAUCAACUUCUCAUGCAACCACCUGGGACUGGACGGUGGAAAGCAGCUGCUUGAAGGGCUGACAGAUAACAAGUCUUUGACUGAGUUUGACCUCCGCCUGGCAGAGGUGGGUGAGGAGACCGAGUACCUCAUUCACCAAAUUGUGUGGGCCAACCAGGAAGCAGCGAGGCUGGAGUCUCCGCAGCACCCCCCUGCCAAACCUCUCUGAAGAAAACACUUCAGAAAGCAACGAGCUUCACCGUGCAGUGUUGGAGAUACUUCACUUCAUAGGCUUAUUUUUAUUCGUAUUUCUGAGAAACAUUCAACUUGUGGCUGUCACCACAGCUUUUCCCAGACCCCCAUCAUCCAACCUGUGACUUAAUAUGAGACAUUAGACCUCAUGGGACUGUAGUGGCAUCACAGAAGCAAUCUGCCUCUUAAGCCCUCUUUCCCACUGCCCCCAAGACUAAAUCCCACCUCCUGUGGUGUUUUUUUACACGCUCCAGCAGCAAGCUUAGUUCAGGCAGCUGGAUGUUGUUCCACCUGUAAAGCAGCAAAGGUGAAGUAUCCACUAUCUAAAUGGUCUGGCCCAGACCUAACCUUCAGGGCCAGCAGCUCUUUUAGACUUUUUGCUGAGGAGGACGUGAGAUGCAUAGAGAAUAGAGGGAAUGUUGUUUCUAGUUCCUCAGCGGCUUUUUCUGGCUGUUGCUCUGCUCAAGGUUUUAUUCAUUUUUACAGCAAAAUCUGUCUGGAGUAUCACAUAUGGGUGGUGAAAA